AUGGCGACUGUCACCUUAACAAAUACGGGUGUGAAGCCACUCCAGACCAAGGACAUUGCGGCUCGCCUGUUGAACGGCACACUCCAUGCACAAUGGCCUGCCUUUGAGCAAUUCGAGACUAUCGAUGGCCUCUUGAAGUCGCAUGCAGCCCAGUCUGAUGAAGGGAAGUAUCCCUUGAUAUGCUAUCCCAUUCGUGGCGCGGCCGACUUCGAACAACACACAGCCAGUGAUAUUGAUCGAUAUACCGAUGUGGCGGUUCGCUAUUACAUGCAACAGGGGCUCCCGGCUGCCGAUCCUAAUCUCGAUCAAGCUCCUGUGAUUGCCACCCUGGUGGGCUCGAGCUUUGAGUCGGUGAUCACUUUCUUUGCGCUGAACCGGCUGGGAUAUGCCGUGCUUUUCUUGUCCACGCGCCUCACGGCCCCUGCAUAUGCACGUCUGAUGGAUAUGGCCAAUUGCCAGUCAAUCAUCAACACACAGAAUUAUCAGCAAGUGGUCUCGGAGAUAUGUGCCCUUCGCCCUGGCUGCAAGUCAUUCUCUCAGCUGCAGAGAGAGAACUGGUUCAACCGCCCUGCGAGCUUCCCUCGCUAUCAACGACCAAAUGUAGAUACUUCAAAGGAAGGGAAGAAGAUUGCUUGGAUCUUGCAUUCCUCUGGAAGCACCGGUUUCCCCAAACCGAUCUUCCUAACCAACCUGCAGACCUUGGCCAAUUUCCGCAAGAGCUUUGGUCUGCGUCUUUUCACUAUCAGCCCCCUCUUCCACUCUCAUGCUCUGAUGGAGCUGGGAAGGGCCUUUUUCACCAGAGCCCCUGCAUACUUGGGGAAUCACUCUCUCCCUGUGACAUAUCAGAAUCUCUUUGAUGCCCUGCAGGUGGCCAAACCGCAGCAGAUUAGUGCCGUGCCUUAUGUUAUCAAAUUACUCGCUGAGAAGCAGGAAGGAAUUCAAGCCCUGGCUGCUCCAAAGCUGGUGCUGUACGGUGGCUCCAGCUGCCCCGACGAUUUGGGAGACCGUCUUGUUGCCCAGGGUGUUAAUCUGGUGGGCAACUAUGGAGCCACUGAAACAGGUCAGAUCAUGACCUCUUUCCGCCCUCCUGGCGACAACGAGUGGCAAUACAUGAGGCUGCACCGCCCUGUUGCCGAUCUUACCCUGAUGGAUGAAAUUUCCCCAGGAGUCUUCGAGUGCGUGGCUUUGGAUGGUCUCCCUAGUAAAGGCCCAUCGAAUUCAAAGCCACCAUAUAGCUCGAAGAAUCCCAAGAACAGCUUCCGAACAGCGGACCUCUUCACCAGACACCCUGACCCGGCAAAGAGCAACUAUUACAAGUAUCUCAGUCGACUGGACGACCGAAUCACACUGGUUAAUGGCGAAAAAGUCCUGCCCAUUCCAAUCGAGGGUCGUGUCAGAGAAGAAGCCAUCGUCAGUGAUUGUGUCGUGUUUGGAUUCCAGCGUACUGUGCCUGGGGCUUUGAUUUUCAGAGCUCCUGGUAAAGUGGAACACUUGAGUGAUGACGAGUUUCUGGAAGCUAUCUGGCCAGCUAUGGAGGCUGCCAAUUCUCGUGCAGAGACAUUUUCUCGGAUUCCCAAAGAGCUGGUCGUCAUCAAGGGUUCGGAUGUUGUAUACGCCAAAACUGAUAAGGGCACUUGCAUUCGAGCCCAGGUGUAUCAGCAAUUCGAAGAGGAAAUCAAGCAGGCAUAUGCGCGCUUUGAAGGCAGUGGUCAGAAACGGGGUAGUCUUGUGCUGAGUAUUCCAGAGCUCGAAGACUGGCUCCUUGAGAGAUUCAGUCAGGAUUUGGGCGUGCCUUUGCCAGGUCCUGAUGCUGAUAUCUUCUCUGCUGGUGUUGACAGUUUACAGACAACGCAGAUCUGGAGAUCCAUUGUCCGGGAUAUUGAUCUCGGGGAGUUGGAAGAUCGGUUGUCUCAGAAUAUCGUUUUCGAGAAAGGAACUGUCAGAACACUCGCAAGGCAUCUUUAUCAGAUGAGGACCGGAGAAGAGUCCGAGAAGGAAGAUGAGCUGGCUAUUAUGCAAGAGUUGAUUGAAAAGUACUCGCACUUUACUCGGCAUUUCCCAACGACAACUCAACCCCCGCAAUCCGAAGUCGUCAUGGUCACUGGAGCGACAGGCAACCUGGGAGCCUUUAUUGUGGCAGAGCUACUCAAGCGCCCAACAGUCUCCGAGGUAUGGGCGCUUGUACGUGCACCAGGCCAAGCCGCAGCAGGUGCUCGUCUGUACAAAUCACUAGCAGAUCGCCAGAUUGUCCUCUCAAAUGAUGAAGCUGCCAAGCUCCACGCCGUCCCUAGCGACCUAUCACAGUCCAAUCUCGGUCUCAGCAAUCAUGAUCUCCAGCAUCUGCUCUCUUCAUUAACAUGCGUCAUACACAGCGCAUGGGCCGUGAACUUCAACCUUGGCGUCCGCUCAUUUGAAGACCAACACAUCCGGGGUACUUACAAUCUGAUCAACCUCUGCCUACGCUCUCAUCUGCCCCUCCCAGCCCGGUUCUUCUUCUGCUCCAGCGUCAGCGCCGCAAGCAAUACCCCAAAGCCAGCUUCGAUUCCGGAAACCAUGGUCGAGAACUUAGACCAUGCGCAGAAGAUGGGAUAUGGAAGAUCGAAGCUGGUGACUGAGCAUAUUACCCGCAAUGCUAUGCGCCAAACUGGCAUGCAGGCUCGGGUUCUCAGGAUCGGUCAACUGGGCGGCGAUACCAUUAGUGCGCAAUGGAAUGAAACAGAAGCUAUAGCGCUUAUGUUCCGCAGUGCAUUGACAACAGGCGCAUUGCCUGAACUGAAUGAGCGGCCUAGCUGGUUGCCCGUUGAUCAGUGUGGUUUGGCAAUCUCAGAUAUUGCUAUGAAGGCUUCUGCCUCGGAAGAUCCUAACUUGGUAUACCAUUUGGUGAAUCCUUAUGCCUUCAGCUGGAAAGAUGAUUUGCUUCCUGCUUUGAAGAAGGGAUCUGCACUACCUGCUUUUGAGGUCGUCUCUCCACAAGAAUGGCUCCAAAGACUGGCGGAUAGCGAUCAAGACCCGGAGAAGAAUCCCAGUAUCAAACUCAUUGAUUUCUGGCAAUCUAAAUACUCCGGGCCCAGCCAGUCGGCCCAGGCCUCGUCCUCUGAGGUGCCACCAAAGGAGGGAGGUCUUACUUUCGAAACUGGAGUCACAGUCCAAGACUGUCCCUCUUUGUCGGAUGUCAGGGAUCCAGUGAGUGGGGGGUUGAUACAGCGUUAUAUUGAGGCGUGGAUGAAGCGAUGGACUAGUACAUAA